AUGAAAACCCCAUUUGCAAUCAGUUUACGCUCUGUUGAAGUUUCUCCGGCCAGUUUAUCAGGAUGGGUUUUGGCAACGGCUUUCAUGUACACUAUUUUCACUUUAUUGUUGAGCACCAGGUCUGUCAGUCCCACUGACUUCCAUCCGAGUUCGGGCCACAACACCUGGUUCAAUGUGGACAAUAGGGCACGCAAAUUAUCCUCUUUACCGUUCUUCCAGUUUGAUGAUUUGUCUGAAGCUUUAGUUGUUGGUCUAGUUGCUGGCUUUGAAGACGCUGGCUUAGGUUUUGGCUUUGGAGCAAUUACGUCUGCACAUCUCCGUUUGGCUUCCAAGAUCUGUUUGGAGAAGCCUCCAUUUUCGAGCAGCAAGUUAUAUGUUUCCAGGGCCUCUUUGAACCGCUCCAAAUGCUCCAAAGCCUCUGCUUUCUUGGCCACCAGUUUGAUCCAGAAUGACUUGACUGGUUUAUCGUCCAGGACCAACUCUUGCGAGACGGUCUUCGUUUGGGAAAUACCGCUUUCUGCCGCAGCCUCUAAAGCGUUGGUGAAGUCUCCCUUUGUGAAGUACUCUGAGCCCUUUUCUCUCAGAGACUGGAACUCGGACGGAGCCGGCGCUGACGACAAUGGUUUGGAUGCAGUUUGGAAAAGGUCGAUUCCUGGAUUAGAGGAUGCUGGAGGAACAGACGAAUCUGGCUCGUCAAAGUCCAGCAACAUUGGAGCUGGAGAAGACGCUGCCGGAGUGGCUGGAGAUUGCGACGAACUGGCGACCGACGGAGUGCGCGUGACUGGUCGCGAAGCCUGUUCCUGCGAUUUGGAUUUCUGGAUGCGUUCCUGCUCAAACCGUUUCACACGUUCGAUCUCUUCCUCUUCGGAAUAA